GUCUUCAAUUUACAAAAUAUUCACAAAAAAAUGAUCAGGAUGGCGUUGAUAGAAAUCUAAGUGCUCUUAUUGUUUCUGUAUCACCAGAUCCAGACGGUCAUCAAGGACCAAUUUAUGAUUUUAAAUACUAUAUUUCUAAAAGGUCUAAGGAUUUUAAAUGUGAAUAUUUGCAUUUGCAAAUUAAUAAAAAAA